AUUUGUUAAAAGUGUUUGAGAAGCGGGUUGGUGAGUGUUAGGGAGAAGGAAGUCUUUGUUGACAGCGUGUUGUCAAAUUUGUCUAUAAACAAGAUCAUAUUGUGGUUCACGGAUUGAACUAACUUCCCGUUUAUAUAGGCAUGUGUGUGCAGUGCUGCUGUUGAUAAUGGAGAUAUAUCAAGCUAUUUCGGACUUCACACCGCCAGUGGACAGCUCCAACAAAAACAUUUUGACAUUUUUGAAGGGUGACACAUUCGAGAUAUUUCAUAGUGGGAAAUUAACUGAUUGGUGGGGAGCAAGGUCAUUAAAAACUAAUGUAACUGGAUAUGUUCCCUCUAAAUAUAUGAAGUAUGUAGAAAGAAGAGUUGGUAAAUUACUUCCUGAUAAUUACAAGGAAGAAAAGGAAAAGAAAAUAAGACAUUUUGAAGACAUGCAGAAUAGUUUUUAUCCAAAUUAUCCAAUUCCGGAGACACCAACACCCGAUUAUGACUGUGAUGACAAUCUAGAUGAGAAAGAUGCUAAAGCAUUGACGUUCGUUCGAAAAUUUGAAAGUGUAUUGUCAAAUGCUGUCAUAGAAAAUAUUGAAAUACCAGAACCUGCACCCGAUUAUAACGAAGAUGAGGGUGAGUCGUUUCCACCCCCUCCACCACCAUUAGAUGUUGAAGAUAAUGGUAAUAAAGACUCUCUUGAGAGUAAAUUAAACGGUCAUCCUCCCACCGCAGCUAUGAAACCUCCACCGGAAGAUGAAAGUCCCCAGAUUCAACCUAAAAAAAUAAGCAAUCCAUGUCUUCAGUCUAGAGAAAGACAAGCCCUACAUAAAGAACUCUUACUUAAUUACAGAAGAGGUGUUAAUGUGUUACAAAAACCUGAAUUGAAUAAAAUUUUGGAAAAAAGAAAAGAAACACAGCGGCAUAAAGAAUGGGAAGAUCAACAUCAGUGUAAUAAAAGAACAAGUUUAGAAUUAAAAUUAGAAGAACGAGCUAAUAAAAUGAAAGAGGAAGAGUCCCAACGGAUGAAAUCUAUAUCAGAAAAGUCAGAGAAUGCACCUGAAUAUUUAAAAAUGCAUGCAAGAAUUACUCACAAAGCAGAAAACAAAAAUAAAAAUGUGACUUAAAAAAGUUUGAACAAGAGACAAUAGUCAUAUUGAUAUUAAACCAGGGUCCCAUUCUUAUUACCUCACCAACUCUUGUUGAUUCUUAAGUGUAAAGUUAUGGCUAGUAAUCAAGGCUUUCGAUAAUUACUUUUCCAUCAGAUGUGAGUGCGGAUUAGUAUAUGAAUUUGCAUCAUUUAUUUGAUGAUGAACAUCUAGAUAGUUUGCUAAUGCUAUAUGCAAAUUUGAUAUGUCAAUCAUUAAGUGUUAAAUUUCUAAAUAGUUUGCAACAUACAAUGAUGGACUUCUGGAUUACAACAUGCAUCUGGUUGACAAAGGCUAUUUUACUAUCAAGACAUCUGGGACUCUUAAUGUGUUAAACAUGCAUGAUUGGAACAUGUACGGUAAAAUGAAUAUAAAGAUGGAAAUAAGAAAUAUGUGUGAAUUAGAAUAAAUGAAACUGUGAUAACAGAAGUAUAGAUUUUAUAGAUUUAUGUGCAUUAAAGAAAGAAGAUUAGUAGAACACAAUAGAAGAACACAUUAUUGAUUGAUUAAAAAUAUUAUAAUAUGAUUUAAAAAAAAAAAAGAUGUCUAUUAUGUUCAUUUUCUUAUAUUUACAUCUGACAUUUUGUUUGAAGUCGAUGUUCAGAUCAUAUAAUCUUGACUAUCGAUAAUCAAAUUGUAUGUAUUGGUUUAGAGGGUUUAUUGUAUUGGAUUAUGCCGAAAAAUGAAUAGGAAUGUUUGUGUCUGGUUUGGGGGAUAUGUAGCCAUUUGGAAGAAAAUUGUCUGAUGUAGAUAGGACUCUUCCUGGCAGAAUAUCAUCAUAAUUGAAAGUUUGUUAGACUACAUUGUUGGAUAAUAUAAAAAAAAGUAUAAUUUAAUUUUAAUCACAAGAUGAUAAUUAAUAGGAUAUUUGUUUGGGGGUUUUAUUUCUUUUUAAAUUUAAAAUUUUUCACUCAUGAAUUAAUGUGGAUGUUUUUCAUUUAUCAUAAAUUAUAUAGUAUCUGUACACCCAUAGCUCCUGAUUUUGUUGAAAGUAUCUUAUUGUAAAAUAAACUUUAUUAAGAUAUGUGUAGCUGUCAUGCCAAAAAAAGACUUGCUUCUAGUAUGUGUUCAGGUCAAUAUGGUAUGUCUAAUAUGCAGUAAACAAUGGAGUAAUAUGAAAGAUACUGUAGUCUGGUGCAGGGUUAUACAUAUGGGCCACAGGUAUUGUAUAUAAAGCACGUAAUGGUGUGGUCAUAUAAGUCACUCAGUUCUAAAUGCACAAUUUAAUAUGUUUUAAAAUAUAUUUUCCUGUAAGUAUUUUAGAUAUUUGUGAUGUGUUUACCAAAUGUAAAACCAAAAAUUUGUUUUAAAAUCAUUAGUUUAUGUGUUGUUUCUUUUUUGUGCUUUUGUUAACAAAUCUUGUAAGCUUUUAAAAAUCAUUUCUCUAGAAAGGUCUAUAUUGCGUGUUGUAUUGCUUAUUGGAAUAUACAUUUAGUGGGUCUAAAGUUGCUCAAUUCAUGCAUGAACUAUCUAGAUUUUAGAUGGCAAUAAUGUACAUUUAAAAUGGAUGAAGGAAAAUUCAUGAAAGACUUCUUAAAAUAUCGACUCGGUAUAGAUAUUUAUUUAAGAUUGGCAUCUGAUUUAUUGUUCAUAAAUAUUUCAUAUGUAUUUUUUAUCGCAAUUAAUAAUGUAUAAAAUUAUUGUUUAUUUAAUCCAAGAGAUAACUGUACGUCAUUUUGAAUACUAUGAUUAACUGAAAAUGUGAAAAACUAUUUUUUUCUUCAAAUUUAUUUGAAAUAUUUUUGUAUGUUAGCAUGCAAUAUAUUAUAUUUAUUUUUCAAAUGUGAAAAUGAUAGUACAUGUACAUCUUCAUGUUUCUCUGCAUACCCACUUCUUUAACAACAGUUGUUGUAAUCCCAUUGAAAGUUAGGUUUAAUUUUUUUUUUUUUAAAUUUGGAAUUUUUUACUAUUUUGCAUGAAUUAAAUCAACCUUUAUGAAUUUUAAUAUAACUUUAUGUCUUUAUCUCAAUUGUGAGAUAUAAAAAUAUUAGAUGUAUUUCUUAAUUUGCAAUAUUUAAAUACAAUGUCAACCUCCAUGUUGAUUUUAGUUCACUGCUUGAUUAGUGAUAGUUUUGUUUCUUGACUUUGAUUCAAUGACAUUAAUAUCAACAUUAUCAAAGGAAACCUUAAACUUCUUUGAUUUGCAACUGUGGUUGUAUACUGUUGUUACCCCUGUCGGUCUGUAGACCAUGCGGUUCGUAAUACUGAACUCAUUUUUCAAAUUUUACUUUUCCAUAUUUUGACUUUGAAACAAUCUGAUUAAAACACAUAUCCUUUUUCGUUUUCGUUUUUUGUAGUUAAAAAUUUCAUUUUACUUGUCUUUACUACACUAGGAUGUGGAAGAGUUGUUAUAUAACCUGCAUUCUGGUUGAUGUGAGGGAUUAGCCGAUGAAGCUAUCUGUUGUGGCAAGUUCUUGGCAUGCAGUGCACGGAACUGUGGGUAUCCCAGUAGAAACGUCAACAGUAACACUGACGUCAUAGGUUAAAAGCCGCUUGUAUGACCCCUGAUGCUACCUCCCACUACAUCUGGUCAGAUCUUAAUGUAGUGGAGGCACUCAAAAGUAUAAAAAAACAAAACAAAAUGUAGAUCUGUUUUUUAAUUAAAUUGACUUUGAAAAAGAAUACAAGACAAUGUUAUUGAUAGAGUAUCCAAAACUGGGUGGUCUUGUUCAUUUAGGCCAAAGGAGAGACUCUAUAGAAACGCUGCAUUUUUCUUUUUCAUAUAUCAAGAGUUUGACCAUCGUUUCAUUUAAAUUCAUGAAAUCUUGUAAGCAUGAUACAGAAGAAAAUUUGAGAUGACAAUUCUUGGUGAGAUUGUUUAUUUGGGCAUCAAUAAGAUCUAUAUUCAAUAUGAAAGUUUUAGGAUUGCACAUAUCAAACACAAUUUCUGUGGGAUUUGUUGACAACGAUUUUGAAUCCAGCAUGGACAACUUGGGGCAUACAGUGUGCCUGAAAAGCACCUGUCUAUGUUUGCUAAGAAAAAUCUCAAAUUAGUCAUUAUUUAAUUGUUUUAUUAACAUUUAAUUAUGUUUUUAUUGCUCAUAUUUUAUCACUAUUAUAAAGGGUCCAAUUUACACACAAGUGAUACUGAAUAAAAUGAUUAGUUUAUUUACUAUGUAUGCAGUAUGGUAUUAAUGUAAGGGGCAUAUUAGGUUAAAUUGGAAUCUUUUAUUUUUUUUUAGAGCCGCCAUAGCCUAUUUAUUAACCUUGUUUAGUAAGAGAUAGAAUAUAUAUUUAAAGAUGGUUCCCUUGUAAUUUAUUCUUUUAAUAUAAAAUGUAAACAGACAUAUGUUAUAGAAUUAUCAUACUGUAUAUUAUUAUUUCUAAGGUCAGUAAAUCAUGAGAUACAACUAGAAUUUAGAGAUUUUAUUUUAGUCUAUAAAUUAAAUGUGUAUGUUGCCUGUAAAUUUCAAAAAACAAAGAUGGAUAUGUAGACUACUUCACCAGAUUAAAUAUCACAUUAUUAUUAUUCAAACUUAGACCCUGUAAAUUUGAACUGUAAAGUAUUUGCAGUCUCCUAAGAUUUAGUAAGGUGUUGAAACUGCAGUUGUUCAUUGUCUUGAAAGGACAGAAGAAAAUAAAAAUGAGAUACACCGAUGUCAUGCCUGCUUUCAUAAUCAAAUGUGUGUCCUUAAUAGAAGUUAUCUGUAAUUAUUUUCAAUAUGCUAUUUAUAUGUGAAUUAUUUUAUAUUUUAUGAUGUAAAAUGCACAACUAUUUAGAUCUAUAGAGAUAUUAUGUGGACCAGGAUUUGUUAUAAGAAUAUUUGGUUGUCAGCAAUAUGUGCGUUAAUUGUUAUAAUAAUUUAUCAAUAAAAUGUAUUUCUUUUUUAAUUAA